GUGGAACUUGUUUUCUGCCAGGUUCCUGAAUUUUCACAAUUUCGAAUAUGGCAGAGGGUAAACCUGUCAAGGUUGGUGCUAGGGUCCAGGUGACAGGGAAGGAUGUCAUUGGAAAUGUUGCCUAUGUUGGAACAACACAGUUCUCAAGUGGAAAGUGGAUUGGAGUCGUCCUGGGUGAUGCGAAGGGUAAAAACAAUGGGACAGUCCAGGGAAAAAGAUACUUCACCUGUGAAGACAACCAUGGCAUCUUUGUCAGGCAGUCUCAGUUGACCAUCCUUGAUGAAGGUCCAACAACGCCAAACGUUCCGAAAUCACUUCCGAUGCGGACGCCAGCAGCCGCAGCCACAGGGGAGGAGAAGGAGAAGAAAAAGAUGAACCGCAUGUCUGCGCCGUCUGGUCUGAAGGCCCCAAGCAAAAGAUACAGCUUUGGUUGGGCAGGUGGCCUUCAGCGGCCAACUCAUAGCGCUACUGCGAGUACUGAGAAUAUUGCUGGAUUGGCAACCCCCAGGAGUGUUGGCAGCAAAGAUGUCAGCCCUGCAGUCAGUGAGAGUUCCCUUGCUGGCGAAAAAGAAGACAAGGUGUCUGAGAAGGAUUUACCGGUUGUAUCGAAACUACCGACUCCCCCUGCGGUCACGCCUAAAAGCGAGAAACCCGAGAAGAGGAUCUCCCAGCAUGAAAUUCCCAAACCGGAAAAAAGGUUAUCGCAGACGGUCGCGGCUGAUAUAACUGCGAUGCACUCCUCCAUGGAGGACAAGUUGCUAACCAUACAACAACAGCAAGAAAUCGACAACCUGAGAUCAGAGAUACGUGACCUUGAGGAGAAGUUGGAAACCAUCAAGGUCAAGCGUCAGGAGGACAAGGUCAAAUUGAAGGAGUAUGAAAAGUCGAAAAUUCAACUACAGCAGUUGCAAGAGUUCAAAUCGAAAAUGCAGGAGACGCACGGAGAUUUACAACGUCAAAUGCAAACUGCCAAGAAUGAAAAUCGAGAGAACUUGGAAGCUUUUGAACGUUAUAAGGAUGAGAUGUCAGACCUGGCCGAGACUGUCGAGAUAGCUACUCUAGAUAAGGAAAUGGCUGAGGAAAAGUGCGAGAGUCUUCAGUCAGAGCUUGAAAGCCUGAAGGAGCGCAACGAGGAACUGGUACUGGAUCUCGAAAUCCUGAGGGGUGAAAUAUCUGAGUCGGGAACUGAAGGAACUGCGGUUAACUUCACCGUCAAGCAACUUGAACAACAGAAUGAGAGGCUCAAGGAAGCUUUGGUCAAAUUGCGUGACUUGUCCAACCAGGAGAAACAGGAGACCCAGCAAAUGAAGAAACAGUUAGAAAAGCAGACUGUGGAGUGUGGCUUCCUUCAAAAGGAAAAAGAGAAGCUGCAGGCUGAGCUGAACGAUAUUCAGAAUCAAAUGAUGGAGCUCAAGGAUCAGGUUGAUGCUGCGCUAGGCGCUGAAGAGAUGGUCGAACAGCUGACUGACAAGAACCUAAUGUUGGAAGAGCGUAUGCAGGAACUAGAUGAAGAGAAAUCCGAUUUGGAGGCACUUUGUGACAUGAAUGAAGAACUCCAGGAAAGUACGCGAGAAAAUGAGCUGGAACUCCGUGAACAGAUUGACCUUGCUAAUGGACGUGUUGCAGAGGCUCAGCGACAUCUGGAGGCAGCACAGGAGCAUAUUGCUGACUACGAGAACACCAUAUCCAAGUUUAGGGAAUUGGUGGCUAAGUUGCAGGAAGACAAUCGCUUGCUGCGUACCCAGACCGUUACAGAAGGAGCACCUAAACUCGAGACGCCCACUGUUGAGAUGUUUGACUUCAAAGCCAAGUUUGCUGAAACCAAAGCGUCUGCCAAGGCAAUCGACAUGGAACUUCGUAAACUCGAUGUCCAGCAAGCAAACCAACAUGUCAAGAUCUUGUCUUCAUUCAUGCCGGACUCCUUCAUGAGGCGUGGAGGUGACUGUGAUGCUGUGAUGACCCUGCUCCUCAUCCCACGUCUUGUCUGUAAGGCUGAGUUACUUGCUAAUCAAGCCAGGGAAAAGUUCAGUGUACCCGAAACCAUCACCCCUGAUGAUGUGCUGAAGAGUAACAAAGCAGAGCAGUUCAGCUUUUCCAACAACCUGAUUCACUCCCUCAGCAUCAUGCAGAGCACUCUGCACCAGUAUGAAAGGGCUUUGUCCUCCUGCACCUCAGAGCAGUUCCUCAAGAUCGGGACCCUCCUACCAGAGCUGGCCGUACACGAGAAGACCCUUGAUAUGUUAAUCGACCUGCUGAGGAAGGAUCAGCUCGAUGAGAAUCUGAAUCUGGACAACUUGGAGAAGUCCAUUGCUUAUUUCAAGCAUCUGUACAGCGUCCACCUCUCCCACGAGAAAGUCGACUGCACCUCCAUGAUGAACGACCUUGUCAAGACGACGUCUGCAGCGUGUGAUGCUGUCCAUGUGGAUUUGAUGCGGAUGAAGAUUCUCCUGUCGUCAGGACAGGAAACCAGCGACAUUUCGAUUCUGUUCCGCGAUUUGGAGAAGAUCAAUAGCGAUAUCAGGCUGAAUGCGAGGAAGGUUAAGCGUCGUAUCCCAUCGCAGAAGAGUGGGCAGACGUCACCACUCUCCUUUGGAAAGGAGGUUCAAGCUCGCAUUCAAGAUGCUCGAAAGGAGAUCAAUCGCGUUGUGAAGUCACUAAAGGGGGUCGGACUCCUUGCCAUGCAGAAGGCUGUAACAUUACAAGUGCCGCAAAGCAAGUCAGAAGCAGAGGAAGGCGAUAAUGAGGGUCUCUCGGCCAACGUUAUGGAGGAGGCGUGCAUCCAGGCCACUAGUGACGUGUAUGAGAGGGAGUCGAAGGGCCCAUACAAGGACCUCAUGAACUCAUUCAAGAUGGCGUUAGAUGUGAUGCAGGACCUUGCGAAUGCCAUGGAAAAUGGCGAGUACGAUUUUGACGGGACACGCGAGAAAAAGGUUGUCCAACCGGUCGUUGCCCGAGCUCAUCUUGUCAAGAAUGAGAUCUCCGAGGCGGAGAACAUCAAGUACAAGUUUGAAGCUAAAGAUGAGGACCUGAAAGAGCUGAGGAAACAGUUGAAAAUGAAGCAAGAAGAGAUGAGUGAGCAGCAGCUGCGCCUUGGUCUGAUCGAGAAGAAGCUGGAGAACUCGACCAAAGACGGGGACGAGAGAGUCGAUAAGAUACAGAGACGGCUAGAUGAGACCAUUCAACAACUCAAGAGGAAAGAGAAGGAGUUUGAGGAGACCAUGGAUGCCCUCCAGUCUGACAUCGACACCUUAGAACACGAGAAAUCAGACUUAAAGGACCGCCUCAAGAACCUCUCGAAGAAAAAUCUCCUGGAGGGGCUGCAGAGGCAAUCGGGGCUGACGGGCAUAUCUGGAGCGGUCACUGGACAAGGUUCACCAUCGAGUCCCAUCCCAGGGUCAUACCCGGUUGCUGUGAGAGAUUCACCAAUGCUUCUACAACAGAUUGAGUCUCUUAUGGAUGCCUUGAAAUGUGUGAAAGGAGAAAAUCUCCGGCUUCAAUCUGAAAAAAUGAAGGGACAACUUGCCCAGCUGUCUCCACUGAGGAUACCCAAGAAGCCCACAGGCUUGGCGAGUACCACAGGUCUGCUGCCUAUAGGAGAGGGGACAACUGAAGGACCGAUGAAAGAACAGCUCAACAAGCUGUCCAAGAAUACUGCUAACCUACUGAAGGAACUUCACCAGAUGAGUGCCUGUCCCAAGGUCGUCGACAUCAGGAAGAGGAAGGCGGGAGAAGAGCCAGUGACUGAGCGAUCCAGUCCAGCCAAUCAACUCCUUGAUAACACUGCCAAGCUGACGAGGAUGCAGAAGACAGCGCUUGAUUUACAAGUUGAUGUAACUAAUCUCCUUGCUGCCAACAGAACAGGAGGACGCGUCAAGACAGAUUUCUCUGUCUUCCCGACACCAACAUUUGCUAAAAUGUUGCACGAGAAAAAGGCUGAUACGCGGUGUAUUGGACGGGUGAAAAUCCCAGCGGAGACGGGUCAAGGCGAUACGAUACCAUUGCAUCUACAACCAGAUACACUGAAAAAGUUACACGUUUCAUUCGUUAGAUGAGAACUGUUGGAGAAGGCUGGAUUCCUUUUCUGAUGACUUUACAAUAGAAAGUUGUUCUGUAUUUCAAUUUAGCUCCUGCAAUAUCAUAUCGAUGUCACAUCGCCUCUGGGCAUUAUACAUGUAGUAGAGCUUUGAGGUGAUAUCUUCAGUAGGCCUUAUAAUGUGAGGUCAUGCUGUGCGCAGUGUUAUAAAGAGGGAUACUACCCUGACCAUUAUUUAAUGUAUAAAUACUAGUAUAGAUAGAAUGUAAAGUUUAUCUCCUAAGCCGUUUGCCUAGUCACAUAAAAACCUGAAACCAUGCUGCUCUGCAUGAAUUGGCCCCUUGAUUGUGAUCGAUUUGUCAAUCAACUGUUAAGAGAUGAUUGAAAAAAUAAUCAUACAUUAUUAUUGGGGAUAUUUCUACAUACAUGUAGUAGCAUGAUAUCAGUUUAGAUGGUAUGCUUGCACAAGUAGUCUUAUUUAUUAGUAAAGGCUGGUACUUAGAGGUUGAACAGUCUCAUGGACUUGGUGAUGUAUUUCUGAUGAUUACAGGGAGUGGAUUUAGGUAUUACUUCCUAAAAAACCUAAAUAUAUUUGGGUGAGCUUCAAGCUUCAAGUGCUGUUAAUGUGGUUAUCACAUCUUGAGGAUGCGAUGUUAAGAAAUGACAAUGCAACAGUUUGAUGAGAAUGUGGUUGAUAUCAAAUAUUCCGUGCUUAACACCUUCAUCGCCGAACCGCGUAGAUCUACGUGGCCCAAAUCCCCCUCCCCUUUGAGCUGGUUAUCGGAGUCUCAUGGACUUCAUGAACGAACUACGCCAUCGCCAUCUUCAGGGCAAGGUAGGA